CCUGCCUGACCCGGAUCGGCCCGCCUGGCCUCAGAGCACCGCGACCCGACGCCCGGCCCGCCGCCUCGCUCUCCCUAGCAGGUCCGGAGAGAGCAACCCCGGGCCCGGCACUCCCCCAGAAAGCAGUCGGUGUGACCCUGAUGAGAAGCAGAGAUGGGGAAAAAGCUGGAUCUUUCCAAGCUCACGGAUGAAGAGGCCAAGCACGUCUGGGAAGUGGUUCAACGGGACUUUGACCUUCGAAGGAAAGAAGAGGAAAGACUAGAGGGUUUGAAGGGCAAAAUUAAGAAGGAAAACUCCAAGAGGGAGCUGCUUUCAGACACGGCCCACCUGAGUGACACCCACUGUGCCCGCUGCCUGCAGCCCUACCGGCUCCUCGAGACCCCCAAGAGCCAAUGCCUGGACUGUGGCCUCUUCACCUGCAAAGGCUGUGGCCACGCCCACCCGGAGGAGCAGGGCUGGCUCUGCGACCCCUGCCACCUGGCCAGGGUGGUGAAGAUGGGCUCGCUGGAGUGGUACUAUGGGCACGUGAGAGCCCGCUUUAAGCGUUUCGGGAGUGCCCAGGUGGUCCGGUCCCUCUGCGGGCGGCUGCGGGGAACAGGUUUGCCCAACCGAGUGCGGAGCUCACCCAAUGUCAACAGUGGGCCUGAGCCGAGCCCCAGAGAGAGGAAUGGAGACAGUGAGCAGACGGAUGAGGACGGGGAAUGGGACAUGGCGGCCCAGGCCCGGCCCCUUGGCAGUAAAAAAAAGCGCCUCCUCCCUGUUCAUGGCUUGGACUUUGAAGAAGACUCUGAUGACUCCACUCCAUCCUGCGAUCACCCCCCAAGCCUGUCCUCUGUCUCAGUGGCCACGGACAGCCUGCAGGCCCUCACAGAUGAGCCCUGCACAGAGGAGACUACCUCACAGGAGGCUGCGGUCCUGGACGAGGCUGAUGCCAGGGCCUCUGGGUGCCACCCACAUCCAGAAGGGCGGAUGGUCAGCCCCUUGCCUGCCAGACUGGACGCCCUCGUUGAGCUCUGCCUGCCAGAAGAGUCCUGCACGGUGGCCCCGGGGGUCAUGCCCGCACCUGGGACGAACCUCCUUGGGAAAGAGCAGCUCCCUUCCCACUAUCUGGCCGACGUGGACACCUCGGAUGAAGAAAGCAUCUGGGCUCAGAGGGCGGCCUCUCACCAUCCCCAACGCAGAGGCCGGACCUCGUCUGAGAACCAGUGUCCAGUUGGCGACGAGCCCACAGACGCCGACAUGGAAGAGGUGGCCCUAAAGAGAAAACUGGAGGAGUUGACCAGUCACGUCAGUGACCAAGGGGCCUCAUCCGCAGAAGAGGAGAGCAAGGAUGAAGGGGCGGAGCAGGAUAGGAGCACCCCCGUCGAGGACCUCCCCGGGGCCAUACACGAGGUGUGCACAGCUGCAGGCCACACGCACAGCCGGGAAAAGGACCCCCGGGGCCCUCAGGGUGCCCUGCAGCCCAGCAGGACCACAGAUGAGGAGCUGUCAGAGCUGGAGGACAGAGUGGCCGCCACGGCCUCCGAGGUGCAGCGGACAGAGAGCGAGGUUUCAGAUAUCGAGUCCAGAAUUGCAGCCUUGCGGGCUGCAGGGCUCACGGUGGGGCCCUCAGGAAAGCCCCGUAGGAAGUCCAACCUCCCGAUAUUUCUGCCCCGGCUUGUUGGGAAGUCUGGCCAGAGUCCUAAGGACCCGAAAGCAGACCCUUCGGAUGAGGUCAAGGUGGUGGCUGCACCCUGUCUUGUGAGGGGGAAGCUUGGUAAUUACCCCAAAAGUCAAGACAAAGAUGACGACUCCUUCGAUCGGAAAUCCAUGUACCGCGGAUCCCUGACUCAGAGAAACCCCAACGGCAGGAAGGGAACCGCCAACCACAGCUUUGCGAAACCUGUGAUGACCCACCAGCCCUUAAAGGAGAGGUUCGUCUGAACCGGACAGAGCGACAGAGCAGCCCCGGCCCUUCUUUCCCUCCACCUUGGCCACCGCGUCCCUUCACCUGCCCCACACUUUCCGCUGCACACAGUCCAGCGGAGGAACGAGAAGAAACCCUGCCCAUGUUGGAAGCCCACCCACAAGCUGACGAUGGUUCUCAGCUCUUCACCCAAGUUCAUUGACGACCUCCAGGGCCACCCCGACUCACCUGAUCUGAUCCUUGAGAAACAUCUAAGCUGAUACGUCUUUCCUUUAGGGCAGUGUGGUUUAAGCUUUUUAAAGAACACAAAGAAGAUAUUUUUUCAGUAAUUGUUUUUUACCUCUUUCACUGCUGGCUUUCUCAUGCAGUUUUCAUGACCGAAACGGAAAAGGGAUGACUCAGCGACAGCACCGGCCACCUGUAUCCUCCUGACUGUGUCUGUGGGAGGGUGGGCAGGUGUAUGGGUGCCACUGGACGUCAGGACAAGUGACUGAGUUCACAUCCAUCUGAAUAAUAGGGAGGGAUAGACCCCACAUCUCCUUACACACACACACCCCUAGUCUGCAAGUUCACCUGUGCCUCACAGGCUGGGAGAAAGGAUGCUGUGGUCGAGGACAGAGCAUGCAAGUGGGAGCGAGUGAGCAUUUGCUCAAAGCCCAGAUGCAGGUGCAGACCACAUGCUGGGAGGCACUGGUGGAGCUUUGGAUGGGCAGAAGACUGGGGUCCGGUCUGGCACUGCCACUCACUAUGGUGGAAUCCAGUGGGAUGAGGGACCAAUGAGUGAUGCCUGCUGGCCACUUGCCGUCGGUCUGCAGAUGAGCUCCAAGUCCUCCUUCACCUCAGACAGUCUGGGAGUCAGGGUUACACCUGGGUGUCUGUGCGGCUCAUCGGCUUUAAGGGGAGCCCACUGGGACCCUCUGCUGCCUUGCGCACAGUAACCACGUCCCCCUUCCCCGAGCGUGGCUGUGUGCUUCACGAGGACCAGUUUAUUUAGUCCUCAGAACAGCCCAUGUUGCAGAGAAGGGAACAGAGCCCCAAGCGUAAGGCAGCCUCCCUGGGCUGGAAGCUCCCUUGUGAUCCUCUGAGACUUUCCAAAGCUACUUAGGGUCAGGUUUAACUUUCAUGUCUCGAGUGGCUUGGUGUUUGUGUUCAAUGGUAACUGACAGAAGAAGGUGAAUAAAUGAUACCUUUGCUACUAAGACUUUCUUGCCACCUGACUGUGGACACAGCCCCACCCACAGGUUACAGAUUCUGCACCCCAAGCUCCGUUGGCAUUUCCACUGAGUCUGUAGCAUCACAGUCACCGCAGAGACCACGUGGGCGACAGGGGCCCUCACAGCUCCAGUGCACUUUUCAGAAUCAGCAUCUGAGUUGAUCCGAAAGACUAGGCUUCAGGUUGUGCUGGCAUUUGUGGGAAAGACGGAUCCGAUACUCCUUCUCAGGUCCUGAUUCAAUGCUGAAAAUGAUUAAAAGAU